AAAAAAAAAAAAAAAAAUAAUCUUUUAAUUGCGAAAUAAAAACGUUAAAUAAACAAAUUAUUUUAAGAAAAAUGAACACCAUAUUUAAUAUGUGGUUAUUAUUUAUUAUGAGUAUUGUUAUAUUGAAUUGGAAUAUAGAAGCAAAUCCCAUAGAUACACAAUUGAUUAUGCAUGAUUAUCAAUUGUCAAAUCAAAAACAUUUUCAAAUAAUUGAAAAUAACGAUAAAAAAUUUUCGGGAAAAUUUUUACAUAUUACUGACAUCCAUUUUGAUCAUCUUUAUCUUCCGAAUAGUGACCCAUCCAAAUUUUGUCAUAAUUAUGCCAAAAAAUCAAAGAAUAAUAAGUCCGGAAAAUUUGGAACUCCACAAUCGGAAUGUGAUUCAUCUUAUGCAUUAAUAAAUUCAACAUUCUUUUUCCUUAAAGAAAAUUUUCAAGAUGUCGAUUUUAUAAUCUAUACUGGUGAUACUUUGAGACACGAGAGAGAUUCAAAGAUUCCUUUGACAGAAGAUUAUGUUAAAUGGUCUCAUAAGACUAUUAUUAAUUAUAUUAUGGAGACUUUUGACAUUGAUAAGAUAAAAUUUAUUCCUACAUUGGGAAAUAAUGAUGAGUGGGAUCAUAAUCAACUUGAGGAUGGUCCAAACACACUUUUUAGUAACUUGACUCAAAUAUGGGCACCUUUAAAAUUAAAUCUAACUUCUGAUUUUUUAAAGGGCGGAUAUUUUAGACAAGAUAUAAAUUCAAAACUUAGCGUAUUUAGCUUAAAUUCAAUGUAUUUCUAUGAUUCUAAUGAUCAAAUAAAGGAUUGUAAUCAUAAAAAUUCCCCGGGAGCAAUUCAAUUAAAAUGGAUUGAAAAUCAAUUAAAGAGUGCAAGAAAGGAAAGAAGAAAAGUUUUUAUUGCACAACAUAUCCCACCUUUAGAUUCGGAAGGUGAACCUACAUUUUAUCAUGCAUGCUACAAUAAAUAUGUAGAAUUACUUGGAAAAUUUUCUGAUGUUAUAUCCGGACAUUUUACUGGUCACACAAAUCUGGAUACUUUAACAUUUGUAACAGUUUCUAAAAAUAUUAAAAAUAUUCGUGAAAAAUACAGUUUAUUAUAUCUUGACAAGAAUGAAGAUCCUUUAAUGGAAUCAAAUAAAGAUGUUAUUUUAGUCUUAAAUAAUGCACCUUCAAUAUAUCCAGUUCAUAAUUCAGGAAUUCGAGAAUACAGAUAUUCAACUUCUCUUGAAAUGUUUGGAAUAUUAAUUGACUAUAUUCAAUAUUAUGCUGACAUUAAAAAAGCCAAUAAAAUAGGUAAAUUGGAAUGGGAAAUGGAGUAUAUUGCAAGUAAAACAUAUAGUAUGAAACAAUUAUCACCAUCAGAUUGGGCCAAAGUGUUAGAUCAAAUGAAAGACAAAGAUAGUAAAUUAUGGCAAGAUUACUCAAAAUAUGUUACUGUUAGUGAAUAUUAAAAGAAUAAUACUUUUAACAUUAUGAUUAAAAAAAAGAAUUUAUAACAUAUAAGACAAUUAAUUACAUCUGAAUACUUGUCCCAAAUAUAUGAAUCAUAUCUCAAAGUCAUUUUCUGAAACUCCAAUUUCCAUAAUUAAUAAAUGAUAUAUAGUUUAAGAAUACUAUAAUAAAGUAACUGAAUUCGAUUUGCUCUUUUUUUUAUCAAUUAUAAAAUUAAUAAGUGGGUAUAAUAUUCAUAUAAGAUUGUAUGCUAAUACUAAGUUAGAGAUAACAUCUAUUUUUGAGUAGGACUGGAUAAGUCAGG